AUGUUAGUGCUGUUCGAGACGGCUGCAGGAUAUGCGUUGUUCAAGGUAUUGGAUGAAAAAAAGUUGGAAAAUGUGGAUAAUAUUUGGGAUGAGUGUUCAACACCAGAAAAAGCGCAGCGAAUGUUUCAGUUGGUUUCUUUCAAAAAAUUCAAAGAUACAGCAGAAGCAGUAGAAAAUGUUACUCGUUUGGCGGAAGGAAAGCUGACUAAAGCACUGAAAAAAGCUCUGAAAGGGAAAUUACAGAAGGGUGAACAACUUGCUGUUGGUGAGGUGAAAUUGGGAAAUGUAAUUAAAGAAAAAUUCGACGUAUCAUGUGUUUAUAAUACAAUGACUCAGGAACUUAUGCGUAGUAUUCGGGCAAACUUGGAUAGUUUGUUAAAUGAGCAUAAACGAGAGCUACACUCUAUGAACCUGGCCGUGGCUCAUUCGUUGGGUCGAUAUAAAGUUAAAUUUAAUCCUGAAAAAAUUGAUACGAUGAUUGUGCAAGCAGUAUCUUUACUCGAUGAUCUCGACAAAGAAAUUAACAAUUACGUGAUGAGAUGUCGAGAGUGGUACGGCUGGCAUUUUCCAGAAUUGAGUAAAUUAAUUCAAGAUCACCAGGCUUAUACACAGACUGUCAAAGUCAUGGGAAUGAGAUCAAAUGCCGCAAAUUGUGACUUGUCAGAUAUUUUGCCACCAGAGCUGGAAGCGCGUGUUAAAGAGGAAGCAGAAAUUAGUAUGGGAACUGAUAUAUCCGAUUCAGAUGUGUUGCACAUAAGUGGAUUAUGUGAGCAGAUUAUUGAAUUGGCAAAAUAUCGUUCUGAGCUGGCGGAUUAUUUAAAGAACCGAAUGAUGGUGCUUGCACCUAAUCUUACUAUUUUACUCGGUGAAUUGGUUGGUGCUAGGUUAAUUUCUCAUGCUGGCUCACUGGUGAACCUUGCAAAAUAUCCAGCAUCUACGGUACAGAUAUUGGGUGCAGAAAAAGCCCUCUUCCGAGCGCUGAAAACGAAACGAGAUACUCCUAAAUACGGCCUCAUUUACCACGCUCAACUUAUUGGUCAGGCUAGUACAAAAAUCAAAGGGAAGGUAGCACGUAAAUUGGCGGCAAAGGUGUCGCUAGCAACUCGAAUAGACGCACUAGCGGAUGAAUCACUGGGAACUGAGUCUGGAGAAAAAAGUCGAGCUUAUAUCGAAACAUUUAUUCGAAUGGAGCAAGAACGAGGUCCAAAGAGAAUAACGGGAAGACCUGCUCAACAUGAUACUUAUACAUUUAAGAGUACUACAACUCGAUACGAUCCUAGUACAGAUUCAACAGUAAAAAGUUCUAAGAAACGAAAAUUUUCUGAAAGCAGUGAUGUUAGUAGUGGUAGAAGUCAUGUUACCGUGAAUGAGGCUGAAAAUAGGCAAAUUAAUAAAGAUGGUCCAUCGCAAAGAAAACACAAGAAAAAGAAGGGAAUGCUUUGUUACUUUUUAUUCAUCGUUGGUUUGUUCAUUUUGUCGUUCACCGAGAAAGCUGAAGAUGCACUUUGUUUUGGCACACUUAGACUUGACUUACCAGUUCGCUAUUUGCAUAUACAGCUUCGGCAUAAUGAAACGAAUAUGAGAGAGUCUGUAGGCUCUUUGAAAAUAUCCAUUCAAGGAUCUUGUCGUCACCGAUUCCAACUACUUGACUAUCAUGACGGUUCAUAUGUGUUACGAUUACGAUUAUGGUCUUCUUGUCUGCAGAUGAUUAUAAGUAUUCAUACUCCAAAUGACGUCCCAUUGUGUGAUUCCCCAAUUGUGAUAAAAAAAGCUGAUGGAAGUUUGCUCUAUUCGGAAUAUUGCAAUUGUCCCAAAACGAUCGUUUCACAAUGGAUGAAAGAAGCUGGUUGUAAAUCACAGCAUUCACAGCUUGACAGUGAUUUGAAUCAGUGGUCCACAAUUAAUUUUGAAGAAGUAUUAACCAUAGUGAAAAAGAAAUGGGCAAAUCCGCAGCAUCGCUACAGCAAUGCAUUAUGCCAUUAUCAAAUUAUUGAAAACAACUUAUAUAGACGAUGUUUUGGAGAAUAUACGGGUUUUCGGAUAUUUGUUGAUGCGACAUUCACGUCACUGAUGAGAAAAAUGUAUUUACCAAAUACUGAAUUUAUAUUCAAUCUCGGCGAUUGGCCGCUGGUAAAAGCAGGAAGUGACUUGGUUCCAAUAAUUAGUUGGUGUGGUUCCCGAGAUACAGUGGAUAUCGUAAUGCCAACGUAUGAAUUGAUGAAGUCAGUAAUUGAUUCGAUGGAAUCAGUUACACUCGACGUACAUUCUGUGAAGGGUGAAAAAUAUUACAGAUGGCAAGAGAAAAAAGAUAAAGCUGUAUUUCGAGGUCGAGAUUCCAGUGAAUUGAGACUUAAAAUAGCGAAGCUAUCAAGAUCAUAUCCCAAACUUUUGGAUGCAGGAAUCACGCAGUACUUCUUUUUCGACGAAGCUGAGCAUACGCCAACGGUUGAAACAAUACCACUGCCGGAUUUCUUCAAAUACAAAUUUAUACUAAACAUCGAUGGGACAGUUGCGGCAUAUCGCUUUCCUUUUCUGCUGGCUGGAGAUAGCGUUGUUUUCAAGUCGUUCUCUGAUUAUUACGAGCACUUUUACAUCGACCUCGAGGAAGGAUUGCAUUAUUUCCAUUUUAAUGAUUCCACUCUCAUUGAACAAAUCAAAUGGGCAAGGACACAGGAUCACAAUAAGACAUUAAAUGCAAUGCAUGAAUUUGUGCUGCAGCACCUUCAACCUCUCGAUAUUUACUGCUAUUAUGCCGAUUUUGUGCAG